AAUAUGUUCUCAACAGAGCGUUCGAUAUUUGUAUUUGUUGUAUGAUAAGGUUUUCAGAAGUCAUGCACAUUAAAGCCUGGAAAUUGUCUGCACGGUUUCUCUUACACAUUGCUGCCCGCUCACCUCGAUAGCGCCACUUUGUUCAAUAGGCUACAAGGCAGCCGGCAGCCGAGGAGUAAUGUCUGUGUACUCUUUUUGGCAAGAGGGGUUUGGAAGCACUUGGCAGGGCUGUUAAGCUAGGACUAUAUUUAUCUUGUGUGCAACACACAACGGCGUCUUUCAUGGGUUAUUUAAAAGCUAACGACGGUAAAGGUUUUCCAGUAUUAAUGAAGCGAGCGAGACGUGGACACUGUGCCUUUUCCCAAAACUUUUUUCAGCCGCGUUCUAUGCGAGGCAAGACAUUUGUGUGUUUUUAAAUCGGCGCAUUUCAGGAGAGGUACACUAAGGACACCCGAAUGUAGCUUCUGGAGAAGGAUAGGGAAUACCAAGGCGAUGAUUAUGUAGGCUAGGCUACUUUCGAAAAAGAAGACAUGGACAGCAGCAACAACAACAAUGCCUACAGUACAUCAGUUGCUGUGGUGGGCAACGAACCCAAUGCAGAGGGGAAUGUCCACCUGGAAGGUGGAUUGGACGAAGUGCAGAUGCACCUCACCUGCUUACCUGAACGGUACAUGAGGGCAAAGUUCACUCUGUCGGCGUACAUCCUGUGCUGGACCGUGCUGAAGUUGUGCCAGAGAUUAAGAGUCUCCCCUGACGUGCCACAGGCCCCGCAAGUGCUCGACGACCCUGUGAAUGACAGCAGGUGCUUGGAAGAGGGGGCCCUGGGUCCAGAAGAGUGCCCUGAUGCUCUGGAAUCAGGCGACCUGGCCCAGGACACCACAGAGGAAUACUUUGACACCCACUCCUGGCAUAGCGACACAAUUUCUGACAUUGCCCCUGAUGGUGAUGACUGGCCACCUGCAUUGCUGGCAGCAGGGGGCCCCAGCAUAGGACCACCCCACCCCACGGGCUGCGUGGGACAUGCCACAGUAGGGAGCUCUAUGCGUAUUCUGUCAGAGAUGUGCCAAGAGGCCCCCGAAUGGCUCCAAGAGCCUACAGAGCACGACCCCUCUCAAAACCUGGGUUCUGUUAGCUUCCAUUCAUGGACAGCACAUCAGAGGUGUGUCAGUGGCUUACCAGAGAGGACUGAGACUUUUCGAUCCAAUGAGGUCCCGAAGAGCAACAGCCUUCAAUCAUCAUUCAAGGAAGCUGGACUUCCUGUGCUUAACGCUUCUGGGAUGGUAGCCUCUGCAAAAGACUCACAUAUUAAACAAACAGAAAAACAUGGAGCAGACUCACAGGUUACACGCGCAGAAACACAUGGAACAGACUCUCAAUUUAAACCCAUGCAAACCUGUGAAAUGGACUCACAAUUUAAACCUACAGAACCAUCUGCAACAGACUUGCGAGUUAAACCCACAGAAGCAUGUGGAACAGACACACAGUUUAAACCUAGAGUGAACUCUGUAACAGACUCGCUGUUGAAACAAACAGGAACAUGUGGAACUGACUCACAGGUUACACCCACAGACACAUGUAAGAUGGACUUACAGUUGAAACUCACAGAAACAUGUGAAAUGGACUCACUGUUUAUACCUACAGAAACAUCUGUAAUGGACUUGCAAAUUAAACCCACAGAGUCAUGUGGAACAGACGUACAGAUUAAACAUGGAGAGAACAAUUUAACAGACUCACAGUUUAAACCUACAGAAACGUAUGAGGCAAAUGCACUGUUUAGCCUCACAGGAAACUGUGUAUCAAAUGAAAAGCUGGAAUCUACUGAAAUGAAUGCAGCACAUUCAGAAAUUAAAUCGGCUGACAUAAGUGUAAUGGAACCACAGUUUAUCUCAGAGCAUUUCACCCCUGAAAUAAAUGUGAUACCGUCAGAGGUAAAAUUCCCUGAGAUCACUGUAACAGAAUCUGAGUUUAAAUCUUCUGAAAAAAUUGUGGCAGAGCCUCAGUUUAUAGCUAUUGACUCAGGUGCAACUGAACUAAUGUCUCCAUCGGAAGGCUUGGAGUCCUCAAAGGACCCCAGUGAGAAUGAGGCCACUUAUGUUGUCCUGUGUUCUGAGACAGACUAUGCUAAUUUCUCAGAUGAAGAAAUGCAACAACAGACUUACCCAUGGGAAUUCCCUGGAUCGAAACCUAUGAAGAUCUGUGAACUAAACUCUGAAAGUCUGGGAUCAUAUUCAGACGAUGAGGGCAAAGUAUAUCAGCAGAGGAGACGGGCUAUAUCCAAGGACAGUCAGAGUUAUGAAGAGGAGGAAGACAUCUUAGAAACUCAUCACUUUACAAACUUUUGUCUGCCAGACACUGAGAACUAUGUAUUAGAAACCCCAGUUUCAAAAUCAAAUAUCUGUAUGCAAUCAGAUAUUGAGGAAAAUAUUUUAGAGACCCAAUCCCAUAUUAAUGUCUGUCUACAGCCAGAUACUGGGGAUGAUGUCUUAGAAACCCCAUCUCAAUUUGAUGUCUGUGUACAAUCCUGUCCUGGGGAAGGCCAUUUGAAAAUCCAGCCUCACAGUACAGCUUCCGAAGAGUCGAUCACUGAGGAGCAUGUUUUAGAAACCCAUCUUCACAUUAACAUCUGUGUACAGCCCAGUACCGAGGAAGAUGUUCUAGAAACCCAGCCUCUCAGUAACAUCUAUGUAGAGUCAAAUAUUGAGGAAACUCUUUUAGAAACUCAGCCUCACAGUAUAACCCCUGAAGAGUCAGAUGUUGAGGAAGAUGUUUUAGAAACCCAGCCUCACACUAGCAUCUGUGUACAACCCAGUACUGAAGAAACAUUUUUAGAAACCCAGCCUCCCAGUACUGCCUCUGAUGAGUCAGAUUUUGAAGAAUAUGUUUUAGAAACCCAGCCUCACAGCAGGAUCUGUGUACAGCCCAGUACUGUGGAAACUGUUUCAGAAUCCCAGCCUCACAGUAUAGCUUCUGAAGAGUCAGAUAUUGAAGAUGUUUUAGAAACCCAGUCUCACACUAACAACUGUGUACUGCCCAGUACUGUGGAAACUGUUUUAGAAAUCCAAGCUCACAGUACUGUGCCUGAAGAGUCAGAUAUUGAGGAAGAUAUUUUAGAAACCCAGCCUCACAGUAACAUCUGUGUACACCCCAGUACUGAAGAAACCUUUUUAGAAACCCAGGCUCCCAGUACUGCCUUUGAUGAGUCAGAUUUUGAGGAAGAUGUUUUAGAAAUCCAGCCUCAUCGUAGGAUCUGUGUACUGCUCAGUACUGUAGAAACUGUUUCAGAAACCCAGCCUCACAGUAACAUCUUUGUGGAGUCAUAUACUGAGGAAACUCUUUUAGAAACCGACCCUUACAGCAUAGCCCCCAAAGAGUCAGAUUUUGAAGAAGAUGUUGUAGAAACCCAGCCUCUCAGUAACAUCUGGGUACAGCCCAGUACUGUGGAAACUGUUUUAGAAAUUCAGGCUGACAGUACUGUGCCUGAAGAGUCAGAUAUUGAGGAAGAUAUUUUAGAAAUUCAGUCUCUCACUAACAUCUGUGUACCGCUCAGUACUGAGGAAGAUGUUUUAGAAACCCAGCCUCACAAUAGCAUCUGUGUACAACCCAGUACUGAAGAAACUUUUUUAGAAACCCAGGCUCCCAGUACUGCCUUUGAUGAGUCAGUUUUUGAGGAAGAUGUUUUAGAAACCCAGCCUCACCGUAGGAUCUGUGUACUGCUCAGUACUGUAGAAACUGUUUCAGAGACCCAGCCUCACAAUAACAUCUUUGUGGAGUCAUAUACUGAGGAAACUCUUUUAGAAACCGACCCUUACAGUAUAGCCCCCAAAGAGUCAGAUUUUGAAGAAGAUGUUGUAGAAACCCAGCCUCUCAGUAACAUCUGGGUACAGCCCAGUACUGUGGAAACUGUUUUAGAAAUCCAGGCUAACAGUACUGUGCCUGAAGAGUCAGAUAUUGAGGAAGAUAUUUUAGAAAUUCAGUCUCUCACUAACAUCUGUGUACCGCUCAGUACUGAGGAAGAUGUUUUAGAAACCCAGCCUCACAAUAACAUCUGUGUACAGCCCAGUACUGAAGAAACUUUUUUAGAAACCCAGGCUCCCAGUACUGCCUUUGAUGAGUCAGAUUUUGAGGAAGAUGUUUUAGAAACCCAGCCUCACCGUAGGAUCUGUGUACUGCUCAGUACUGUAGAAACUGUUUCAGAAACCCAGCCUCACAGUAACAUCUUUGUGGAGUCAUAUACUGAGGAAACUCUUUUAGAAACCGACCCUUACAGUAUAGCCCCCAAAGAGUCAGAUUUUGAAGAUGAUGUUGUAGAAACCCAGCCUCUCAGUAACAUCUGGGUACAGCCCAGUACUGUGGAAACUGUUUUAGAAAUCCAGGCUCACAGUACUGUGCCUGAAGAGUCAGAUAUUGAGGAAGAUAUUUUAGAAAUUCAGUCUCUCACUAACAUCUGUGUACCGCUCAAUACUGAGGAAGAUGUUUUAGAAACCCAGCCUCACAAUAACAGCUGUGUACAGCCCAGUACUGAGGAAGAUAUUUUAGAAACCCAGCCUCUCAGUAACAUCUGUGUACAGCCCAGUACUGUGGAUGGUAUUUUAGAAACUCAGCCUGUCAGUAACAUCUGUGUACAGCCCAGUACAGUGGAAACUGUUUCAGAAAUGCAGCCUCACUGUAUAGCCCCUGAAGAGUCAGAUAUUGAGGAAGAUAUUUUAGAAACCCAGCCUCUCAGUACUGCCUCUGAAGAGUCAGAUUUCGAGGAACAUGUUUUAGAAACCCAGCAUCACAGUAGGAUCUGUGUACAGCCCAGUACUAUGGAAACUGUUUCAGAAAGCCAGCAUCACAGUAACAUCUUUGUGGAGUCAAAUACUGAGGAAACUCUUUUAGAAACCGACCCUUACAGUAUAGAGUCAGAUUUUGAAGAUGUUUUAGAAACCCAGCCUCUCAGUAACAUCUGUGCACAGCCCAGUACUGUGGAUGGUGUUUUAGAAACUCAGCCUGUCAGUAACAUCUAUGUACAGCCCAGUACAGUGGAAACUGUUUUAGAAAUGCAGCCUCACAAUAUCACCAGUGUACAGUCCAGUACUGAGGAUACUGUUUUAGAAACCCGGUCUCCCAGUACUGCCUCUGAUGAUUUGGAUUUUGAGGGAGAUGUUUUAGAAACCCAGCCUCUCAAUACUGCCUCUGAUGAGUCGGAUUUCGAGGAACAUGUUUUAGAAACCCAGCCUCACAAUAUCACCAGUGUACAGUCCAGUACUGAGGAUACUGUUUUAGAAACCCGGUCUCCCAGUACUGCCUCUGAUGAUUUGGAUUUUGAGGGAGAUGUUUUAGAAACCCAGCCUCUCAAUACUGCCUCUGAUGAGUCGGAUUUCGAGGAACAUGUUUUAGAAACCCAGCCUCACAAUAUCACCAGUGUACAGUCCAGUACUGAGGAUACUGUUUUAGAAACCCGGUCUCCCAGUACUGCCUCUGAUGAUUUGGAUUUUGAGGGAGAUGUUUUAGAAACCCAGCCUCUCAAUACUGCCUCUGAUGAAUCGGAUUUCGAGGAACAUGUUUUAGAAACCCAGCCUCACAAUAUCACCAGUGUACAGUCCAGUACUGAGGAUACUGUUUUAGAAACCCGGUCUCCCAGUACUGCCUCUGAUGAUUUGGAUUUUGAGGGAGAUGUUUUAGAAACCCAGCCUCUCAAUACUGCCUCUGAUGAGUCGGAUUUCGAGGAACAUGUUUUAGAAACGCUGCCUCACAAUAACAUCUGUGUACCGCCCAGCACUGAGGAAACUGUUUUAGAAACCCAACUUCAUUAUAAAGUCCCAGAAGAGUCAGAUAAUGAGGAAGAUGUUUUAGAAACCCAGUCUCACAGUAACAUCUGUGCACAGCCUAGUACUGAGGAAUCCUUUUUAGAAACCCAGCCUCACACUAUCAUAUGUUUACAGUCCAAUACUGAGAUCGAUAUUUUAGAAUCCCAGCCACACACUGAAGCCCAUGUACUCAACACUAACGCCUGUUUACAGUCCAGUCUUGAGGAUGUUGUUUUACAUACCCGACUUCAGGCUAUUUCCUGCAUUCAUACAAAUACUGUGGAACAUAUUUUUGAAACCCAAUCUCCCAGUAAUGUCUGUAUACCUACAGAUAUUGUAGAAAAUGUUUCAGAAACUCAGCCCCUGACUAACAUCUACUAUCAGUCAGAUAUUGAGAAAAAUAUUUCAGAAAAUGAGUCCUACACUAAUUUUUGUGUACAACCCAGUCUUAAGGAUAAUGUUUUAGAAACUGAGUCUUACACUAAUGUCUGUGUACAAUAUGUUACUGAGAAAUUGGGCAAAACAUGCAAACACCUCCCUCAAAUGGAACAUGAGGUCAUGCAGACAGCUCAUGCAGACAGCUUGGGGCCUGCUGAUUCCUACGAACUGAAGUCAGACCUCUCCGCCAAUGAGAUGGGAGAGGUAGGUCAACUCUCUUCAGGAGGCGACAACACAUGCAUUCUACAGAGUGAAGGGGUAGAGGAUUUUAUUGAUCCCCAACCUUCACACACAGAGUCGUUUGAGUGGUCAGACGAGGGUGUACCACAGAGCCAUGAAAACGAAGAGGAACUUUCUCUCAAUGUGACCUCUGACGUGCAUUUGAACUAUAGCCAGCCUCUACUCAGUGGUUCAGAUGUGCUGUCUGAAAUGGACAAAGAAUCAGCAGAAACACAGAGGACUCCUAACCGUUUGACAGAGUCUCAAAAUGGCGCAACAGAAGCUGCCCAGUCCCAGGGGAACACAGUGGGGAUGAGUGCCUCCGAUCUGGAAUGUGGUCUGUUGAGGAAGUGGGAAAUCGUGUUAGAUAUUCCACAAGCACAAUACCAAAAUGCCUUUUCUGAGCUAAGCUAUUUCCAAGAGUCUCCAGCUCAGUCUGAAUGCCACUCUGACACCAAUAACAACACCAAGCGGGUGUUAGAGUCAUGCGCUGCCAGUACUUUUGAUGCAAUUGUUGAUGCUCCUGCAGAGCAGGCCCAUCCAGUCAAUAGUGAGCCCCUAGACCUGUUCCCUGGGGGACUGGACAUUCACUCUGAGGAUGAUUAUGAGGCGGAAUCCUCUGGCCCACUCUGGGAAAGCAUGGAUAGAGGCUCUGCAACCUCCAGUGGAUCAGAACUGGAAGACAGUACCCGGGAUGUAGAGUACAUCUCUGAUACCUUGGAUUAUGGACCCCACUGUCACAUUCAGGUGUCGGGCCUGGCCGAGGGGUUUCUUUGUAGGACGGAUUCCCACAAAGAGAGGGAGACAGAGAGAUUCCAGGGGCAAGGUGGCCCACAGAAAGAUGAAGUAGUUGGUCAGGACCCACCCACAGUCAACACCUGCCUCCCCCCAUACAUGGACAUAGACUACGGGGAAUGCGUAGCCUUGGAUAACAUUGAGAGUAACCUGGACUCCCAGGUGGACCAGCAGAAAUCUGAAAAAAGUGACAAUCCACUUCAGGAGCCAGGCUGUCCACCUGACUCAGGAGGAAAAAGACUUGAACCCCUAGCUUAUUACUCACAGGCUGGUGGAGAAUAUUCACUCAUUUUAGAAAACAACAUGGAAGACAAACACACAUUGGAUAAAGCAAAAGAGAUCCCAGUUAGCCACUUUACCUCUCUUAAGACAGAGGAAUGCUGUGUGCCUUUUCAGGUCUGCUCAAUGCCAUUACAGAAUGAUAUUGAGACCGUUGCAUACCAUUACCCAGAUGACAGUUUGAGUUCAAAUUUUCUGACAGUUAACAACCUGGAACCUAUUUUUGAAUCGGAUCGCCCUCAGGAGAAUUCACUCUUGGUGGAGGAUGUGGACACCUCAGAACCAGAGGUGCUGGGGGUGCAAAGGGGGACCACUAGUGAUAUGUACUCACACCAAAACCCCUCAUCCCUCCCACCUUAUCACUGUACUACACCAGAGAUUAUGAGGAAUAAGUUACCAAGUACAGAUUUGGAACUACAGUCAAGUACCAGCUGCCCUGAUCUAUAUGGAAACAAGGUAACAUUCCCCACACCUAAUGGAGAUGUAGUUCAUGACGGCCACCACACCCCUACCAAGGUCUCCUGUGACCAAGACACUAUCAGCACCAACAGUGAGGAAAUGGAUGAUAGCAACUCCAGUCUCCACAAGGUCGUGAAGAGCAAGGCAACCAAAGCUGGGUCCGCAGGGAAGACUAAGUUCUCUGUCUUCUCCAGGAUACCCUCAUUCAGGAAGCGCAAGAGUUCGGUCCAAGAGGCUAAAGAGUGCAAGGCCGAGCUCUCAUGCAGGGGCACCUCUCCUGACAAGGAUGAGGGCAGCAGGGCAGAGUCACCUGAGAGCAGACCGAACCCUUUUCUCUGCAGCGCUCACCUGUCCUCCAGCACUGACUACUUACAGAGGGAGGGGCAACAGCAUGGGAACUUGGAUGACAAUAUCUUUGAUCAGGGCAACCCUCUCGACCAGAAUGCUGAAAAGGCCCUUGUCCAUGAGGGAGAGGAGGAUGGGUUUUGUCCAUUGGAACCCCGCAACAGGCAUGUCCAACAGAUCUACAGGCAAGCUUCUUGCGAUGGGGAUGCCCCCUCUUACAACCAUGAAGCGCCAGCUUCCAUGGACCCCCCUGUUGCUGAGAAGUUGGGCCACAAGAGGAGCAAGAGCUCAGACAGCCUCAACCUGCGAAUGAGGUUCACCCUGGCCCAUAGGUCCCUCUCCAGUUUGUUUGAAUCUAAGCCUCCUGAAAAGGAGGCUGAGGAGGAGAGCCUGAAGCCUGAGUCUGAGAAGCGGAAGACCAGGCAGUCCUGGAGGGUGCUGAAGCAGUCUAAGGAGGCAGAGCUGGAGAAGCCUGCUCUUUCAGACCCAGAACCCACCAGCGGAGGUAGAGCCAGGUCUGCUCGGCAGAUCCACAGUGACUAUGCUCUGCGGUCUGCCCAGGACCGGCUUAAGGGCUUCCCAGACUCAAGACGCCCUCGUUACACAGAUGCCCUAAAUAAUAAGGGCGUGCGGCAGGAGCCGCUGGAGGGCACCCCAGAUGAGAGCAAAUCAGAAGAUACAAGGCGACGGGUUUCACCAAACAGCCUCGCCAUAACCCAGCCUCACACUGAUGUCUGUGUACAGUCCAAUACUGAAGACAGUGCUUUAGAAACCCAGCCACCUGGGCCACCCCCCUGGGACGAUUCCACGUUUCCACCACUGGGGGGGUGCAUGCCUGCCUCAUCCCUCAACCCCACCGCAGUGGCUCCUCUGGCCCUCCAACUUGCCCCAUCUUUUACAAGGUCCUUUAGCUCCUUUGAGGGCAUGGAUGGUCCCCUUCGUCCCAUGAGUCCCAAGCCCCAGAGCCCCGUUCCCGGGAUCCACCGCCGGAGCUUUCGCUACCCGUCCCGACCCACUGCCAUCUCCCUCCUCUCUCUGGGUCGGGGGGUGAGCGUGGAAGGGCUUUCAGACCCCCCAGAGAAGCCCAAGACUCUGAAGCCCAGAGCAGCACAGCUAUCAUCGGCCAUCUCCCUGAACACAGAGUGCCAGCGCGACAACAUCGGAGUGGAUAGCCCCUCACCCAUCGGUCUGGUCACCUCCAUGUCUGUCAAUGAGUUUGAGGAUGGUAGUAGAGCAGCUGGCCAGUUACUGGAGAAACGGCUGCCGGAUGUGGUGACCGUGCUGCGGGCAAAGAGCCGUGGGCAGGGUUCAAGGGGCCCCAGGCCUGUCUCCGACCUGGUAAACUGUGCCAUGCCCACAUAUGGAGAGGGUGAAGUGGGACCUACUGCCCCAUUGGUGGAGCAGGGGGCGGAGCGAAGGUCACAGAGGGGCCGGCGCAGUUGCUCAGACGACAUUCGGAUCGGAAAGCUGAAGAAGAGACAGAGGAGGAUGACCGUAGCGACACCGGGGAGCACAAGCUGGCUUAACGCGCAGGCGUCGGGAGAGGCCCAGGCUAGACUCUCCCUCAUCUCCAAUGAGGCCUUCACCUCUUUGGCCCUCAAAGACCAGUGCUUCUCCCAGAGCACCCCCAUUGGCCUUGACUGCCUGGGCUGGCCACAGCGUGUCUCCUACCAGGCGGUGGUGAUACCUGACGGGACGCUGGACAAGGCGGGCCUGGGGGACGACGCGGGCAGCGAGGAGGACCUGUACGAGGAGUUCCGCAACUCCGGCCACCGUUUCGGCCACUCGGGCGGAGGAGGGGAGCAGCUGGCCAUCAACGAGCUGAUCAGCGAUGGCAGCGUCUGCGCGGAGGCACUCUGGGACCAUGUCACAAUGGACGACCAGGAGCUGGGCUUCAAGGCCGGUGAUGUCAUCGAAGUGGUGGACGCUAGCAACAAGGAGUGGUGGUGGGGGCGGAUCCAGGACAGCGAGGGCUGGUUCCCGGCCAGCUUUGUUCGGUUACGAGUGAACCAGGAUGAGCCGAUGGAGGAGUACCUAGCUAAGCUGGAGGAGGCGCAGGAGGAGGACAGCGCCUCCACGGGGAGGCUGCUGGGCCCCGGCCUGCCCUGCAAGGAGCAGAUGAGGGCCAACGUCAUCAACGAGAUCAUGAGCACAGAGAGAGACUACAUCAAGCACCUGAAGGACAUCUGUGAGGGCUACAUCAAGCAGUGCCGGAAGAGGACAGACAUGUUUACUGAGGAACAGCUCCGCACCAUCUUCGGCAACAUCGAAGAGAUCUACCGCUUCCAGAAGAAAUUCCUGAAGGCCCUGGAGAAGAAGUUCAACAAGGAGCAGCCCCACACCAGCGAAAUAGGCUCCUGUUUCUUAGAACAUCAAACAGAUUUCCAGAUCUACUCCGAGUACUGCAACAACCAUCCCAACGCCUGCCUCCAGCUGUGUAAGCUCAUGAAGGUCAACAAAUACGUGGUGUUCUUCGAGGCGUGCCGUCUGCUGCAGAAGAUGAUAGACAUCUCCCUGGACGGCUUCCUGCUCACGCCGGUCCAGAAGAUCUGCAAGUACCCUCUGCAGCUGGCCGAGUUGCUGAAGUAUACCAACCCCCAGCACAGGGACUACAGAGACGUGGAGGCGGCGUUAAACGCCAUGAAGAACGUGGCCCGGCUCAUCAACGAGAGGAAGCGGCGACUGGAGAACAUUGACAAGAUCGCCCAGUGGCAGAGCGCCAUCGAGGACUGGGAGGGAGAGGACCUCCUCAGCCGGAGCUCGGACCUGAUCUUCUCCGGGGAGCUGACCAAGAUCUCCCCGCCCCAGGCCAAGAGCCAGCAGCGCAUGUUCUUCCUGUUCGACCACCAGAUGGUCUACUGCAAGAAGGAUCUGCUCCGCAGGGACAUGCUCUACUACAAGGGCCGCAUGGACAUGGACCAGAUCGAGGUGGUGGACGUGGAGGACGGCAAGGACAAGGACCUGAACGUGACCGUGAAGAACGCGCUCAAGCUGAGGUCCCCCGGGGGGGAGGAGGUCCACCUGCUGUGCGCCAAGAAGCCGGAGCACAAGCAGCGCUGGCUGCAGGCCUUUGCCGACGAACGGGGACAGGUGCAGCACGACCGGGAGACAGGUUUCGCCAUCACAGACGUCCAGAAGAAACAGGCCAUGCUGAAUGCCAGCAAAAGCCAUCCAGCCGGGAAGCCGAAAGCUGUAACCAGGCCCUACUACGACUUCCUGCUACGCCAGAAGCACCCAGCGCUGCCUGCUGCCCUGCCCCAGCAGCAGGUCUUCAUGCUGGCCGAGCCUAAGCGCAAGAGCUCCAACUUCUGGCACAACAUCGGCAGGCUAACGCCCUUCAAGAAAUGAGGGGACACGUGCUGCUCGUGCCUGGACUUUCUGUUUUUACCCUUUUAUGAUUUCUUCUUUUUUUUGGUUAUUAUUGAUAUUGUAUUACGGUUGCUAUAAUUAUUAUUAUGAUGAUGAUAUUUUUUGUUCCUUUGAGAAAGCACUUUAUAGGUUGGUUACAAUCAGACUUUGGGCACCAGCUCUUGGACCUUGUUUAUACUUUGAAGAGAACAAUUGCCGUCGUUUCUAGUACUAGGACUACAACCAUAGCACUACUACUCCGCUACUUCAACUACAGAUGCACCUGUUAGUACUAACACUACUACUACUGCUCCAAGUCAUCAUGUGAUUAUGCUAUAGCCUGCGCUUUGUACAUCAGAAAGACCAUGACUGAAGAAAGGACUUCUUUCAAUGUGUGUUGUUUUUUUUUAACAUAUGCCAAUUGUUCACUGUGCCAGUUAACAAGCUUUUGUAUUUGUUGUUUAAUGUUCAUUGCAUCAUCAGAAUUCAAAAAGAGAGAAAGGGUACCACAAAGCGCAAUUUCCCGUCUCUUCCUCUUUCUGUGAAUUCAUUUGUCUGCAAUGGACUUGGAGUGUCCAACCAUGAAGUUAACAUCUCUACGCUAAAGUCAAACAAUCCCAAAGAUUUCGUCCUGCAGAAGCGCACCUGGUCCGGAGUCUGACCCGAAGAAGUCCGUCACUUUGCCCCCCGUCAUGUCGUUCUCCAGCUGCCACUCCCCUGUUCCUUCCGAGUGGGCCUUCAUGUUAAUUUCAGUAAUGAACUUCUUUGUCGAAGUGCCAUUCAAAGCAUCACCUGGAAAUGUGAUGAGGUUUUGCAUGAAUUGCUGUGAACCUUGAGUUGAGAACAUUUUUUUUUCCUCCCAAUACAAAUAAAAUGUCUUGAUACUCACCCAUUCAGCCAUCUAA